AUCUGCUUUGUUUUCCCACGUCCGAAAUGCCAGCAGAACCGCUCAACGAACGUCAAGUCGCUUUCCUUGAACGCCAGUUAAACUGGUGCCGCAUGCUUGGAAUGGAACGACCUCCGAAACGAGAUAGCAUCAUGAUUAGCAUGCAAGUCUCCGACCUCGGACGCGUGGUAUCGUCCCAAGAAGUCGGACGAUGGUUUUCCAACCGCGCCAAAGACGCAAGCGGUAAACCCCGCCAAUCCAAGAAGACACCCGCCCAGCUCGCCGCUCUCAGAGCCUCGUUCGCGGUGGACUGUACGCCGUCAGUCGAAGAGCAGAUCCGGCUCAUUGAAGAGACAGGGUUGACUCGUAGGCAAAUCGUCGCGUGGUUCUCUUAUCAGCGUAGAAAGCUGGAGGAUGAAUACGGUACUUACCAAGAAUGCCCAGCGGACCAGGAGACGUUCACUUUGGGAUCUCAUGCUCAUCAGGCGGCGGCACAGUGGAGAGAAUAUCGAGCAGCUGGUGGACAGGGCGCAGAUUGAGCACAGUCGGUGAUGAUUUCAGG